AGCCCGGCCAGCGCCAUGCUACGCCUGGGGCUGUGCGCGGCUGCACUGCUGUGCGUGUGCCGGCCCGGCGCCGUGCGCGCCGACUGCUGGCUCAUCGAGGGCGACAAGGGGUACGUGUGGCUGGCCAUCUGCAGCCAGAACCAGCCGCCCUACGAGACCAUCCCGCAGCACAUCAACAGCACCGUGCACGACCUGCGGCUCAACGAGAACAAGCUCAAGGCCGUGCUCUACUCCUCGCUCAACCGCUUCGGGAACCUCACCGACCUCAACCUCACCAAGAACGAGAUCUCCUACAUCGAGGACGGCGCCUUCCUGGGCCAGUCGAGCCUGCAGGUGCUGCAGCUGGGCUACAACAAGCUCAGCAACCUGACGGAGGGCAUGCUGCGCGGCAUGGGCCGCCUGCAGUUCCUCUUCGUGCAGCACAACCUCAUCGAGGUGGUGACGCCCGCGGCCUUCUCCGAGUGCCCGAGCCUCAUCAGCAUCGACCUGUCCUCCAACCGCCUCAGCCGCCUGGACGGCGCCACCUUCGCCAGCCUGGCCAGCCUCAUGGUGUGCGAACUGGCCGGCAACCCCUUCAACUGUGAGUGCGACCUCUACGGCUUCCUCACGUGGCUCGUGGUCUUCAACAACGUCACCAAGAACUACGACCGCCUGCAGUGCGAGUCCCCGCGGGAGUUCGCCGGCUACCCGCUGCUGGUGCCCCGGCCCUACCACAGCCUCAACGCCAUCACCGUGCUGCAGGCCAAGUGCCGCAACGGCUCGCUGCCCGCCCGGCCCGCCAGCCACCCCACGCCCUACUCCACCGACGCCCAGCGGGAGCCGGAUGAGAACUCGGGCUUCAACCCCGACGACAUCCUCUCGGUGGAGCCGCCGGCCUCGUCCACCACAGACGCGUCCGCCGGGCCGGCCAUCAAGCUGCACCACGUCACCUUCACCUCGGCCACCCUGGUGGUCAUCAUCCCGCACCCCUACAGCAAGAUGUACGUCCUGGUCCAGUACAACAACAGCUACAUCUCCGACGUCAUGACGCUCAAGAACAAGAAGGAGAUCGUCACCCUCGACAAGCUGCGGGCGCACACCGAGUACACCUUCUGCGUGACCUCGCUGCGCAACAGCCGCCGCUUCAACCACACCUGCCUGGCCUUCACCACGCGGGAGCCGGUCCCGGGCGACCUGGCGCCCAGCACCUCCACCACCACCCACUACAUCAUGACCAUCCUGGGCUGCCUCUUCGGCAUGGUCAUCGUGCUGGGGGCCGUCUACUACUGCCUGCGCAAGCGGCGCCUGCAGGAGGAGAAGCAGAAGUCCGGCAAGGUCAAGAAGACCAUCCUGGAGAUGCGCUACGGGGCCGACGUGGAGGCCGGCUCCAUCGUUCACGCCGCCCAGAAGCUGGGCGAGCCCCCGAUGCUGCCCGUGUCCCGCAUGUCCUCCAUCCCGUCAAUCAUUGGGGAGAAGCUGCCCACUGCCAAGGGUCUGGAGGCCGGGCUGGACACGCCCAAGGUGGCCACCAAGGGCAACUAUAUGGAGGUGCGUACCGGCACCAGCACCAGCACCGGCACCGGCUCUGGCACCGGCACCGGCACCGGCACCAGCACCGGCGCCGGCACCGGCGGGGAUGGCCCGGCCCAGCCUGAGAGUAACCGCCCGGGCGCGGGGAACAGCCAGGGCUCGGCCACGGAGAUCUCCACCAUCGCCAAGGAGGUGGACAAGGUCAACCAGAUCAUCAAUAACUGCAUUGAUGCCCUCAAGCUGGACGCGGCCUCCUUCAUAGCGGGCGGCGGCAGUGGCGGGGACCCUGAGCUGGCCUUUGAGUGCCAGUCCCUCCCUGCGGCCACGCCGGCCUCCUCGGCGGCCUCCCCGGGGGCCCUGGAGCUCCCCAGCUUCCUCCCAGCCCCGUUCAAGGAGAGCUCCCACCACCCGCUGCAGCGCCAGCUGAGCGCCGAUGCCGCCGUGGCCCGGAAGACCUGCAGCGUGUCCUCCAGCGGCUCCGUCAAGAGCGCCAAGGUCUUCAGCCUGGACGUGCCCGACCUCCCGUCCCCCGCGGGGCUGGCCAAGAGCGACUCCAAGUACAUCGAGAAGAGCAGCCCCCUCAACAGCCCGCUGGACCGGCUCCCGCUGGUGCCCUCGGGCAGCAGCGGCAGCGGCGGCAGCGGCGGCGGCGGGGGCAGCGGGAGCGGCGGCGGGGGCAGCGUCCACCACCUGGAGGUGAAGCCGGCCUUCCACUGCAGCGAGCACAGGCACAGCUUCCCGGCGCUGUACUACGAGGAGGGCGCCGACAGCCUGAGCCAGCGCGUGUCCUUCCUCAAGCCGCUGACCCGCUCCAAGCGGGACUCCGCCUACUCGCAGCUCUCGCCCAGACACUACUACUCGGGCUACUCCUCCAGCCCCGAGUACUCCUCGGAGAGCACGCACAAGAUCUGGGAGCGCUUCCGGCCCUACAAGAAGCACCCCCGGGAGGAGGUGUACAUGGCCGCGGGCCACGCCCUGCGCAAGAAGGUCCAGUUCGCCAAGGACGAGGACCUGCACGACAUCCUCGAUUACUGGAAGGGGGUCUCGGCCCAGCAGAAGCUGUGA